UUACUCAUGUUCAGUGAUUUCAUAAGCUAAUAUGUCUGAAUGUAUAAAAUUAGAACAAAAUCAUGGUAUGGAUGACAAAGAAAAAAAGAAUGAUGUGAAAGAAGUCGUAAUUGAUCCGUCCAUGGCAGGUCGAGCAAAGAUCAAGCCUGAGUUCCUUAUUGAUGCGCCAGAAAAGAAAUCCAUUGUACAUGUUCAAGCCAAUGAUGACAAAACUGAAAAUAUUGAUGCUCCACCUCCAAAGAAAAAGAAGAGGGGUCAAAAUAAGAACAGACCUCAAACACAGAGAGAUAAGUUAGAGGAUUGUCUUUGUCCUAGUCUUGUAAGUGAUAAAGGUAAAUGUACUUUUGGUGAUAAGUGCCGCUUUAUACAUGACACUGCUAAAUAUAUGUCAAUGAAGCCUGAAGAUAUUGGAGAGGAAUGUUAUGCUUUCAAAACACAUGGAAAAUGUCAUUAUGGUAUUUCUUGUAGAUAUGGAUCAUGUCAUAUCAAAAAGAUGGAAGAUGGUUCCUAUCAGAGCAUACAGAAUGAAACGACUCUUACGUCAAAUCCAGCUCCUAAGAUAAUUAACUUUCAACCUAGAGAUUUUCUACUUUCGCUAAGAAAAAAGAAAUAUGAAUUCACAAAAAGUGAUAAAAUCCUCAAAGAACUUUUCCCAAACGGCAAAAAUACACAAAAUGGAGUUACAGAUUCCAAAGUUCCGGACACUGAAGUGAUGAAAAAUACUGAAGAUCUGCACUCACAAAAUGGGACGAAUUUCUCUAAAAUCAAUACAGGUCCCUUAUUGGAUGAUACUGUUGGUGAAAAAAAGACAGUGCCCUUUAAAGGAAAGUUGUUUCUAGCUCCGUUAACCACAGUUGGUAAUCUUCCAUAUCGUGUCACUUGUAAAUCCCUUGGUGCUGAUAUAACUUGUGGAGAAAUGGCUGUUGCUACAAGUUUACUUCAAGGUAAUAUAUCCGAGUGGGCACUUUUAAAACGGCACCCAUGUGAAGAUAUAUUUGGCGUACAGAUUUGUGGAGCUUUCCCAGAUUCUAUGACCAAAUGUGCAGAAUUAAUAGAAAAGAAAUGUGAUGUGGACUUUGUUGAUAUCAACAUGGGGUGUCCUAUCGAUAUUAUCUAUCAUAAAGGUGCAGGAUCUGCGUUAAUGAGACGUACAAAUAAAUUGUUCGAUAUUGUGAAGUCUGUUAAUAAAGUAUUAACAAUACCUUUAACAUGUAAAAUGAGAACAGGAAUUGAUACAAAACACAAUACUGCUCACACGAUUUUGCCCAAAUUAAGAGAUUUUGGUGUUGCAUUAUCUACCGUACAUGGUCGUUCACGUCAAGCUCGCUACACAAAAUUAGCAGAUUGGGAUUAUAUUGACCAAUGUGCAAAAGCUGCUGCCCCUAUGCCUCUGUUUGGAAAUGGUGACAUUCUCUCCUUUGAAGAUUAUAAUCAUGUAGAAAAACAAGAGAAUGUUGAUGGUGUUAUGAUAGCAAGAGGGGCAUUGAUUAAACCCUGGAUUUUUACUGAAAUUAAAGAACAGAAACAUUGGGAUAUUUCAAGCUCCGAGCGUUUCGAUAUACUAAAGAAAUUUGUUAAUACUGGCUUAAUGCAUUGGGGAUCAGAUAGCCGUGGAGUUGAAACUACUCGAAAAUUUUUGCUUGAGUGGUUAUCUUUUUUGCAUCGUUAUAUACCUGUAGGUGUAUUGGAAAGAGUUCCCCAAAAAAUCAAUGAGCAACCUCCUCUAUACAUUGGGAGAAAUGACUUGGAAACAUUGAUGGCAAGUCAGAACUGUCAAUCAUGGGUUGAAAUUAGCGAAAUGCUUUUGGGAAAAGUUCCUGAAGGUUUUCACUUUUUGCCCAAGCAUAAAGCAAACUCAUACUCUUGAAAAUAUCAUAUCAGACUUGCCAUUUCUCGUCCAACCCUACAAUUGCUAUUUAGCACUCUGUGGUAGUGUUCAGUUUUGUGAAGUGAAAAUAGUUUGCUUAAUAAUCAUGGUCAAAUCAUCUGAAUUGUUCUUAAAUUGCAUGUCAUCAUCUUCAUCUCAGUUCAACUUAAAACUAGACAAGAGGUCAAUGAACUUUCGCGUCAAUUAACAUUAUUACCUGAUUUUAAUAAAUAGCUCAGGAGUUUUUUACAAUACGAGUUUGCCAAAUAUUUAAUUUAGUGUCUGCCAUUGUAUUAUGUGAUUUUAUUACUGCUUUUCCUCAAUUAUUGUUAUCUCAUGGAUUUUACAAGCGUUUAAUUCAUUUUAUCUUUCCUGACUCAACGUUAUCUCACAAAUAAGUUACAGAUUGAUUUUUGCCAGCUAUUUAUCGCAUGAAUAUCAGACAUAAAUAUAUAUCCUGCAAGGAUAACGACAAGGGUUACUGCUGUCUGCUGAUAUUAAAAAAUGCAUCAUUAUGAUAUUAGUUAAUACUCGAGCAAUAUUAUUGUAUGCAUGCCUAUCCAUAGAUCGUUUUAGAAGGUUUUACUUGGUAUCACAAUUCACAACUUUAUUACGGUAAUAACAAGAUUUUCUUUGAUUAAUUUGGUGCAG